GGAGAGGCGAGCGAGCAGCGGCGACUUGACACGAACUGCAACAUCAUGGCUUUCCAGCAAAAAUCCUCCAGAACCUUUACCUCGCAGAGUAUGGGGGGCUAUGGCAGUAGCGGUGGCCGCAGCAGCAGCGGCAGCAGCAGCUUCUCCGGCUCCCGCAGCGGCGGCAGGAGCUUCGGCUACGGCUCCAGCUCCGGCGGCGGCAGGAGCUUGGGCUUCGGCGCCGGCUCCGGCUCCGGCAUCUUCGGCUCCUCCGGCUCCUCCAGUAUGAGCUUUGGGAUGAGUAGCUCCGGGAUGGGCUCCGGUUCCGGCUCCGGAUUCUUCAUCAACGAGAAGCAGACGAUGCAGGAUUUGAACGACCGCCUCGCCCACUACCUGAACAUGGUGCGGGCCCUGGAGACGUCCAACGCCGAGCUGGAGGUCCAGAUUCGCUCAAUCUCCGAUCAGAACGCCGCCGUCCAGUGCGACUACACCAGUUACUGGGCUACUAUCGAGCAACUCCGCAACCAGAUCACCGACAUGAUCCUCGGCAACUCGGGCUACAUGCUUCAGGUGGACAACUCCAAACUCGCAGCCGAGGACUUCAGGACCAAGUACGAGAACGAGCUGUCCAUUCGCAUGUCAGUGGAGAAUGACAUCAAUGGCCUCCGCUCAAUGUUAGACAACAUGACCAUGGACAGGAGCCAGCUGGAGAUGGACAUCGAGAACCUGAAGGAGGAGCUCAUUUACAUCAGGAAAAACCAUGAGGAAGAGAUGAAAGGUAUGCGUUCUCAGGUGGCUGGCAAUGUCUCAGUGGAAGUGAAGUCUGAUCACGACGUCAACAUUCUCGGGGCUAUGGAAGAGAUUCGUGCAAAAUAUGAAGCAGACGCCAAGAAGAACAAGGGUGAUCUGGAAAACUGGUACAAGGAACAGUGCGUGACUGUGGAGCAGCAAAACACUGUCAAUGCUGGAGCUAUUGAAGCAGAGAAGUCGCAGCUGAGUGAACUGAGACGCACCUUCCAGGGACUCGAGACUGAGUACCAGACCUACAUAAGUAUGAUUUCAUCUCUGGAGCAGAACCUCAAUGACACAGAGUUACGCUACUCUACCGAGAGAAGCAAGAUUGAGAUGAGGGUCAACAGCCUGGAAAUGGAACUGACCGAACUCCGCGGUAGAAUCAUGGCGCAGACCGAAGAAUACGCCUCGCUGCUGAAUAUCAAAAGCAUUCUGGAGGCGGAAAUCGCCACGUACCGCAGGCUGCUUGGUGGAUACGGGCAAUCAUCGGCAAUGUCAACAACAACAUCCACAACAUCCACAUCAAUGGUGAAAAAAGAAGUCCAAGUAGAAGCUCCCAAAGACCCUGUUAUUACAAAGAGAAAGAAGUAUGUCGAGGUGGUUGAGGUUGUUGUCGAUGGCCAGGUGGUAUCUUCUCAAAGUCAGGAGUUCUCGAAUUAAGCACAAGCUUAGAGAACAAGAAGAAAGAUCUUCAGAAGCGACAGACACCGAUGUCAAUGAUUUUACACUCUGUAUCUCUGGGAUAUGAAUAAAGUUUUGGGGAAAAACA